UCCCUGUUCCUCAACCUCUAUAUUUCCCGAAUUUUAAGCUCUAUCUCCUAAAUUUCAAGUUUCCCUCUCUGUAGACUUUAGGCAUGUUUUCAGGAUAUGGCAUGCAGCUUGGGGCCCACACUCAAAUUCCAGAUUUACUAUCUCUUAGUCCAGGAUCCCACUCUUUUACCUCAGGACCCCUCAAUUCAAUCUAGAAAGAGGGAUGAGAUCCUGGGGAGAGAAAUGAGGAUUUUGAGCCUAUCCCCAACAAUAGGCCUCUUGUUGGGUAUUUUCUGCUUCAAGUCCUAAAGGAAGAUAUUGGCUCUGAUCAAAUUACUACCAGUGAUCCUGAAGCACGUAUUUGGGGACCCCUCCUUUUCCUAUAAAGGAAAAAAAGCUAUAAAGCUUUACCCACCUCAAGAGUUAGAUUGGAACUAAAAUGUUUUCUAACCUCCAGAUUGAAGUACCUUUACUUCAUUCCCUGUCUUAUCCUUUUCCAGAUUUUUUGUAAAAUUUCCUCACCAUUAGGCUCUGUCCUCAGAGCAGAUGGAGCAGAGUCUCUUUCACUCCCUUAUUUUAGAUUUCUUGUUUCCCCGAGAACAUAUAAACUGGCAAAUAAAUCCAAGCACCAUGAUUUUUCUUCCUAUGCUCCUUAUGGCCACAAGUGUUUAUAUCUCUGGUUGACUUAGUUGGAUGUCUUGUCUGGAUUCUAAGAAAAUAGAACUGAAAUUUGGAAGAGUGCAGUGGUAGGUGGAAGGCCAACUGUCUCAUUAGCUACAAAAUGGUGGUAUGGAGAGUGUAAAGAAAGCAAAUGUAUUCACUUCCCUCCUGUGGCCACUGUGCUUCGACCAUCUAACAAGGUCCUGCCCUCUUACUUUUUUGAGGAUGUCCCAGACUUGCCUUUAGGAUAAAGGGAUGUUAGUUACUUCCUCCACCAGCAUACUGGCCGCCACACCCGAUUGACUUCUGGGCCGGGUGGGCUGUUGAAAGGUGGAACCUGAUACCCUAAAGCCAAGCACCCACUCACUAGUUUCCACCUCCACCAUCUGACCCGGAUCCCCCUUCGCCCCCACCCCCAUUUCUUUCAAGCGACACCCUUCCUGCCCAGCAGUAAUGACCAGCGAUCCUAUCUAUAAUAAAGCUCUGGGAGCUGCGAAGGGGGGGCUGGGGCUGGGCAGGACGACUCCCAGCUGCUGCGGCUUCCUCCCUGGGUCCCCAGAGGGGCCUGAGUCACGGGCCACCGCCCAGGACCGGGGAAGAGGAGGGCGGAAAGAUUGGGGGGUGGAGAAUCAUGAAGUUGGGUAGAAAGAACACCUGGGUCCCGAAGAACAAAACAGCCGAAGGAGAGGAAAGAGCUGUGAGGCUGAGGACUAGAAUCAAGUCCCAUUGAAGAAUUACAGUGUGCUCCAUCUCCUCCCCUCCAGUUUUCUUGUCCCACUUGGGACCAUGGCUACUGUCCCAGAUUGGAAGCAACAACUACUAGCCAAGCGAAGACAAGAGGAGGCUGCUGUUCGAGGCCGGGAGCAAGCUGAGAAGGAUCGACUGUUGCAGAUGCCAGCCUGGAAACGAGGGCUGUUGGAGAGACGCCGUGCCAAGCUAGGAAUGCCAGUUGGGGAACCAGGUCCUGGGAAUGAGUCUAUAGAGACAGUACUUUCUGAACCUGAUGAACCUGUUGUCCUUCUAGAGGCCAUUGGACCUGUCCACCAGAAUCGCUUUAUCCGACAAGAGCGCCAAGAGCGGAAGCAACAGCAACAGCAGCAGCAUCAGGGUGCCGAAGAGCAGCUUACUGAUCGGAGGCCACCUGAGUGUCGAGGACAUAUAUCUGGGGGAGUGGAAGUCCGAGAACAGAGACUCAGCACAUCAGACGCUCAGGAACAGAGUCUGGUAGGAAGACAGUCUCAAGAACAGAGGCUGAACCUGAGGAAGUCUGUAGAUAGGAGGCUGGGGGUAGCAGAAGUUCAAGAGCAGAGUUUUAGGCCUGCAGAGGCUUUAGAAUGGAGUUUAAGUCCCAGGGAAAGUGAGGAGAGGAACUCGGGACUAUCUGAGUCACAAAAAUGGAAGAAAAGUCCUGGGGAGGGUCGAGAACGAAAUGUGAAUCCAGUAGAACCUCAAGAACAGACUUCUGGGGGGUCGGAAAUGGGAGAAUGUAGGUUGAACUAUGGAGACCAUGGAGAACAGAGGCUGGGGAUGACAGAGAUACAUAAAUGGAGGUUGAAUUCCGAAGAAGUUCAUGGACAGAGUCCAGAGCUAUUGGAGGCUCGAGAAUGGAGGUUAAACCCCAGAGAAGAAAGCAAAGGGAGAUCAGGGGAAUCCAGGACAGAACAGAGACUAAUGCAGAGGAAAUCCAAGGAAAAUUCAGGACUUUUGGAGACACAAAGGUGUAGGUUAAGUCCUGGUGAGUUUCAGGAUCGAACCCCAGGAAUGAUGGAGGCAACAGAAAUGAGGUUGAAUCCAGUAGAGGAUGUAGAGAAGAGCUCUCAACAGAUGGAAAUACGGAAAUGGAGACUGAACUCUGGGAAGACUCGAGAGUGGAGCCUUGAGAGAUCAGAAGCUCAAGGGCAGAAGAUGGUGCAUUCAGAGUCUGGAGAUCAGAAGUUGCCCUUGCCUGGGAGAGAAGCUAAAGAAGGGAGAAUAGGGGCUCCUGUGGAGGAAGCUGGGGUUGGAAACAGGAUGGUGAGCUCCCAUAGAAGUCACUAUUCUGUAACCUCUCCCCUCCCACCCAAGGAAGUUGGGACCAAAGGUUUAGGGCCUCAGGAAGAGGAAGCAGCAGAACCUCAGCCCCCACCGGCAGUAUCUCCCCAACCUUCUACCCCACCAACUCCUCAGCCCCCAGGGGAUCUGCUCAUGAGUCGCCUGUUCUAUGGGGUGAAACCUGGGCCUGGGGUAGGGACUCCCCGCCGCAGUGGACACACCUUCACAGUUAACCCACGAAGGUCUGGGCCCUCUGGAGCUCCUACCCCACCUGAACCCCAGAUCUCUGGUCCUGGGAAGAAGCGGUACCCCACUGCUGAGGAAAUACUGGUGCUUGGGGGCUACCUCCGACUCAGCCGAAGCUGCCUUGCCAAGGGGUCCCCUGAGAGACACCACAAACAGCUCAAAAUUUCUUUUAAUGAGUCAGCCCUGGAAACCACUUAUCAGUACCCUUCUGAGAGUUCUGUGCUGGAAGAGUUGGGCCCUGAGCCUGAGGCCCCCAGUACUCCUGAUCCCUCCCCAUCCCUGCCAGAUGAAGAGGAUGAUGAAGAAGAGUUGCUGCUACUGCAAAGGGAACUACAGGGAGGACUGCAGACCAAGGCUCUGCUAGUAGAUGAGUCCUGUCGCCGGUGACCUUUCCAACAGGGAGGGCAGAGCUGCUUCUCACUCCUGAGCAUUGAAGAUCAAUCUUUUAUCCUUCUUUGAAGUUGCUGUGCUGACAAACGCCAUAAAAUGAACUGUCAGGAAGGGAAAUCCCAUGCACUUCCUUCUCUACUUCACUUUCCUGAUGCUGUGUCAGGGGAAGAGCCCACCUCUGCCCUCCAACUCAUCGCAGAUUCAGACAUUUGUUCAAUGUGUCCUAGACAUUUUCAGUGAAAGGAGAGGGCCUUGGCUCAGUGUCUCCUGUGAACCAAAGAAUCCAAACUCCCUACAGAAGGGGGCAAAGCCUACUAAGUAAUGAGACGGUAGAACUUUCUUUCCAUCACUCUGUCCCUUGCUAAUAACCACCCUGCCAACAACCCACCCCACCCCCAGGUUAGUUAAGUGCAGGCCACCCUGCCUUGUGAAGUCUGGUCCUCAUUCCCUCUUUUUGUUUACAGGUGCAUCUAUCUCCUCUGAGGGCAAAAGAUGUACUACUUUUCUCUCUUGGGUUUCCACCCACUUAUGUUUACAGAUUCCAUUUUCCCAAACCUCACUCAGCCAAAGUACCAGGUUUGCAAACCAUGCCUACCUAUAUAUGCCAACCUAACUAUAACCUUAGUUCAGCCAGUGAGCAGUCCUCUCACUUGCCUUCUACUGUUUGGAGCUUGGCUUUCUUCUUGAAUGUCUAGCCUCCCUAUCCUUGCCUUGUUCAGUAUUAUUUUGAUCAGGGUGACCUCAAUCCUUUCCUCCUUUGUAGUUAAUUUUUGUAUUUCUUCCAGUGACUCAGAAUUAAAAUUGAAGACACAGGAGGGUCCUAAUGAGGUCCUACCUCAAAUUUC